GUGGCGGUACUUGCUCUAAUGGAGCCAUUCGUAAAAUUAGAAAUAGCAACGGGACACCACACCGUGGAUAUGGUCGUGUUGAAGUGUGCAGUGGAGGACAGUGGGGGACAGUCUGCGAUGAUUAUUGGGGCUGGAGUGAUGCUAGAGUGGCCUGUGCUUCACUAGGAUAUAGUAGAGAUAGAUAUGGUAGUAUUUUUCUUGACAACUUGCAUUGUUCUGGAAACGAAGCCAGUCUCUUUUCAUGCCCUCACAACGGAGUUAGUAAUCACAACUGUGGUCACAAUGAAGAUGCUGGUGUCCAGUGCUACGGAAUCACUACACCAAGUUCCUGCACUAAUGGUGACCUGAAGUUAUGGCGUCCAAGUGACGGUCCAGAAUAUUAUGGAAUAGCUUUGUACUGUAAGAACAACGUUUGGGUUGGAGUCUGUGAUGAUAGCUGGAAGUGUGAUACUGCCCGACUCAUUUGCCAACAGUUAGGAUUUGCUGGAUCACUUGGUAUAAGAGGAGAGGGUUACUGGGGCUAUUUUUAUUAUCAAGGAGUUGGAGUGGAUCAUUAUGCCUGGUCCUGCAACUCUGGACACAAGUCUCUAUCACAGUGCAGCUAUUAUUAUCAUUCUAGCUGUUACUCCUAUCAUGAUCAGCUGGGUAUCAUUUGCUAUCCUAAUGUACAAGGGAGUCAGUGUACCAAUGGUGAUGUUCAAUUGCAAGAUGGCACAAACUCAACUAAUGGCCGUGCUAUGUACUGCUUUGAAGGAUACUGGACUCCUCUAUGCUCAAUUUCUGCUUCCACUGCAUCAGCAAUAUGCCAAACUCUUGGAUUCACUUCACCUUAUGCCAUUGUCUAUACUGAUGAGAGGUUUGGUACAAGUGAGAGGAGAAGUGGAUUGAGUUAUGUCAACUGUCCAGCUGGAGCUACCAACAUUAGCUCUCAGUGCACUCCAGUCUACAAGACAUGGAGUAAUGGCUGCUACAUCAGUUAUGGAAAGUGCUACAGGGAGGCUGGUAUACAGUGCUUCAAUGCAUCACAGGACUGUAUUGAUGGCAGUGUUAGGUUAGUCAAUGGUGUACUUGAGCAGGAAGGCAGGGUUGAAGUGUGUAGCUAUGGACUGUGGGGGACAGUCUGUCAAGAUGACUGGAAUGCUAUUGAUGCCUACAUAGUCUGCAAACAACUUGGAUACACUGGAACAGGACCUCUCUCAUAUUAUAACUCAAAGUUUGGUGUUGCCACUCAUCUCCCUACAGUAUACAAUAAUGUGAAGUGUGUUGGUUGGGAAAAAUCCAUUACUGAGUGCACAAAGAAUGUAUAUCCAGCAGGAUCCUGCUCUCAAUCCCAGACUGCCAGUGUUGUAUGCAAAGAAGGUUGCAGGGAUGGUGAAGUCAGGCUUCUUGGAGGUGGUUUUGAGAAUGAAGGAACAGUCCAGAUUUGCUAUGGGGGUCUCUGGGGUCUUGUGUCUGAUAAUCAAUGGGACGUGAAUGAUGCCAAUGUUGUAUGCUAUCAGCUUGGGUUUGGAGGAGGAAAUGCAUUGGCAAUUCUUAAUAAUCAAUAUGGCAAACCCAACAUGACCAUUCACAUCAGAAACGUGGCAUGUCUUGGAAAUGAAACUUUCCUUGACAACUGCACUAAG